AGAUUUGCGCAGUAUGUCAUCAAUGAAUGUUUGACAACUCUUGAGGACACGUUCAAAAUGGCGUGUACCUAGUGCACAAUGGCGUGGCGACAGUCUGCAGAUCUGUGGUAGGCACGUUUUAAAAAAACAACAACAGCCAUGGCUUCUGUGCAAGGUGCAGAAAUAUUCAACGGGUUGCCCUAUGCUGGUAAACCCAAAGACGGUGCGUUCAUUUUUUGUUGUUGACUUCCGAAAAUCAGUUCUGGCCUUGAUUAUAAUUAUAGAGUCUUAUAUUAUAUUAAUAUUAUAUUAAUAUUACUAUUAUUAUUAGUCAUUAGUAAUAGUUACAAAACAUUUUUUAAUGAACUGACAAUGCCAGUAUUUUAAUAACACUCCUCAUAAAUAGAAAUUUAAUCAAAUUUCUUUUGUCACUCGCGUCCUCAAGAGUAAUGGCAGGAGCUUGCCAUGGCCAUAUCAUAAGCUUCUUAUUCAUCAAUAACAAUAAUGAAAGAAAUAUGCCUGCCUGGCAUCUUUACCGGUUAAAAAUAACUAUAGUUAUACAUUUUACAGUGACAGAUUUUGUGGGGGUUUUUUUAAUGCGUGAUUGCAACCCUGGCCACAAGGUAAAUUCAGUUGUAUAGAAGAGGUUUAACAUCAGCUUAAACUAAAACAAUGACGUAGUUUUGCCAUUAAUCAUUUAGCUAGGGACCGUCCUUUUGUUUCUUUUUUAAAUUAUUUUUUUUUAAAGCGCAACCGUCUUACUCUUUCUUUUUGUUCUUUUCUUUCUAUGGUUACUUUAGGUCUGCUGGUAAUCUUGAAAACUUUGUUGUGAUCAAAAAAAAAUAAAUAAUAAUAAUAAUAAAUAAAUAAAACUCGUUAGUAAUCUCCUAAAUAAUUUUAAAGUUAAUUUGAAACAAAAAAAAAUUGUUUCAUGUUUACACAUGUUUAGAGCUGAAUAACAAGCCAAUCAUGGUCUGGUGUUUUUUUUUUUUUUUUUUUUUUUUUUUUAGCCUUUUGGUUUACACAUUAGCCUAAUGUGUAAGCUGCUAACAACGUGUUUAAAGCAGAAAAGCACAUAAUGCAAAUUAUUACUGGCAAAAAGACAACAACAAAAAAAAAAAAAGAAAGGCACCACUUUUACAUACAGUUAAAACUAAAAUGGAUUAUUUAACGUCUAUUAUAUUAUGAGAACUGUUUCUCUGCUGGCCUCAACAGGUUCCCCAAAAGUAGGCAUCAACGGUUUUGGGCGGAUCGGCCGACUGACCCUGAGGGCCUCCUUGGAGCUCGGAGCCGUGGUCGUGGCCAUCAACGACCCGUUCAUAGAGCCCAAUUACAUGGCCUACAUGUUCAAAUAUGACUCGACGCACGGCCGGUUUAAAGGCACAGUGAGCAGGUAACACGCAUGCCGGCUGGAAGGGGCGCCGGUUGUGGUCACCCGUUAGAGCAGGCUUAUCGCUACUACGCUCUUUUUGUAACUCAUGUCAAAUCGGAGAAACUUUAGCAUGCAGGAUGUAGUGUUUCGUAUGCGUUUUUGUCAAGUUUGAAAAUUACUAUAUAAUUGGUGGAUUAUAUUGUAUUGUAGCCAGGGUGGGAUUAUUUCUACAAAGAGUGAAAAGUUGUGCAGACGUGACGUCAAAAGUCCGAAUCAUUGGCCACAGGGAUCCUGUGCACCUUAACACCUUUGACCCCUGAGUUAACUUUACUUCGUGUCAUCCUCGAUGAUAAGCCAAUAUCGGUGACCAUCCCACACGGUGACAGCCCCACCCAGUGAAGCCCCACUCGGUGACCAACCCCACAUGGUGACAACCCCACUCGGUGACCAACCCCACUUGGUGACCAACCCCACAUGGUGACAACCCCACUCGGUGACCAACUCCACUCGGUGACCAAUCCCACAUGGUGACAACCCUACUCGGUGACCAACCCCACUUGGUGACCAACCCCACAUGGUGACAACCCCACUCGGUGACCAACUCCACUCGGUGACCAACCCCACUCGGUGACCAACCCCACUCAGUGACAACCCCACUUGGUGACACACCCCACUUGGUUACAAAUCCACUUGGUGAACAACCCCACUUGGCGACCAACCCCACUUGGUGACCAACCCCACUCGGUGACCAACCCCACUCAGUGACCAACCCAACUCGGUGACAACCCCACUCAGUGACAUCCCCAAUUCGUGACCACAACAAUCGAUGACAACGCCACUCGGUGACAACCCCACACGGUGACAACCCACUCUGUGACCAAACCCACUUGGUCACCAACCCCACUCGGUGACAACCACCUUGGUGAUAACCCAACUUGGCGACAACCCCAAUCGAUGACCACACAACUCGGUAACAACCCCACUCGGUGACAACCCCACACGGUGACAACCCACUCUGUGACCAAACCCACUUGGUGACCAACCCCAAUCGGUGACAACCCCACUCGUUGAUAACCCCACUCGGUGACAACCCAAAUCGAUGAAAACGCCACUCGGUGACAACCCCACUUGAUAACAACCCCACUCGGUGACAACCCGACUUGGUGACAACCCCACUCGGUGAUAACCCAACACUGUGACAACCCACUCUGUGACCAACCCCACUAGGGGACACCCCACUCAGUGACAACCCCACACGGUGACAACCCACUCUGUGACUAACCCCACUCGGUGACACCCCACUCAGUGACAACCCCACUUGGUGACUACAACAAUCGAUGACAACGCGACUCGGUGACACCCCCACUUGGUAACAACCCCAAUCGGUGACCACACCACUCGGUGACAACCCCACUCGGUGACAACCCCACCCUGUGAAACCCACUCUGUGACCAAACCCACUUGGUGACCAACCCCACUCGGUGACAACCCACUCGGUGAUAACCCAACUUGGUGACAACCACAAUCGGUGACCACACCACUCGGUGAUAACCCCACUCGGUGACAACCCACUCUGUGACCAAACCCACUUGGUGACCAACCCCACUUGGUGACCAGCCCCACUCGGUGACAACCCCACUCGGUGACAACCCCACUUGGUGACAACACCACUCAGUGACGACGGCACACCCCUAACUGUUAGAUGAUGCCCCAGUCCUCCAGUCAUGUUAGAACACUGACAAACCCAUUAAGUUACAGCCCGAUCGGCAACAACCCUCGUUUGGUGACAACCCCACCCGGUAAAAACAAUUAAUUGGUGACAGCCCCACUCUGCUACAACACAUCUUGGUGACAAUCCACUCGGCGACGGCCCCACACCAGUGAAAGGUCCACUCGGUGACAAUACAACUCAAGUCGCUCUCACUUAUGUCAGGCUCAUGCCCACGUCACUCUAAUCUCUAUCUUAUGUCAGACUGAUAUCCACAUCACUCUCAUCUAUAUCUUAUGUCAGACUGAUACCCACAUCACUCUGAUCUCUAUCUUAUGUCAGACUGAUACCCACAUCACUCUGAUCUAUAUCUUAUGUCAGACUGAUACCCACAUCACUCUGAUCUCUAUCUUAUGUCAGACUGAUACCCACAUCACUCUGAUCUAUAUCUUAUGUCAGACUGAUACCCACAUCACUCUGAUCUCUAUCUUAUGUCAGACUGAUACCCACAUCACUCUGAUCUCUAUUUUAUGUCAGACUAAUACCCACACCACUCUCAUCUCUAUCUUAGGUCAGACUGAUGCCCACAUCCCUCGCAUCUCUAUCUUAUGUCAGACUGAUAACCACACCACUCUCAUCUUUAUCUUAUAUAAGACUGAUACCCACAUUACUCUCAUCUCUACCUUAUGUUAGGCUGAUACCCACAUCACUUUUCUUCUUCUUCUUAUAUGUAUUAAGGGCCCACUAUCAAUUUAUUGAUCAUUUUGGCUCUUAUGCAUGUAGAGGGGAUUUGCAAUGUUUCUGUGCCUGGUGUUGAGGACAUUUCACUCAUUUCCAGUGCCACUCUCAUCUCUACCUUAUGUCAGACUGAUACCCACAUCCCUCUCAUCUCUACCUUAUGUCAGACUGAUGCCCACAUCCCUCUCAUCUCUACCUUAUGUCAGACUGAUGCCCACAUCCCUCUCAUCUCUACCUUAUGUCAGACUGAUACCCUCAUCCCUGUCAUCUCUACCUUAUGUCAGACUGAUACCCACAUCCCUCUCAUCUCUACCUUAUGUCAGACUGAUACCCACAUCCCUCUCAUCUCUACCGUAUGUCAGACUGAUGCCCACAUCCCUCUCAUCUCUACCUUAUGUCAGACUGAUACCCACAUCCCUCUCAUCUCUACCUUAUGUCAGACUGAUGCCCACAUCCCUCUCAUCUCUACCUUAUGUCAGACUCAUACCCACAUCACUCUCAUCUCUACCUUAUGUCAGACUGAUACCCACAUCCCUCUCAUCUCUACCUUAUGUCAGACUGAUGCCCACAUCCCUCUCAUCUCUACCUUAUGUCAGACUAAUACCCACAUCCCUCUCAUCUCUACCUUAUUUCAGACUGAUGCCCACAUCCCUCUCAUCUCUACCUUAUGUCCACAGCACAGAGAACGAGCUUGUAGUCAAUGGAGUAGCGAUCAGUGUGUUUAAAGAGAAAUGCUCAGAGAAUAUCCCGUGGGGCGAAUCGGGGGCGGAGUACAUCGUGGAGUCCACGGGCAUAAUGACGACACUGGAUAAGGCGAGUACGCACAUCAAGGCAGGGGCGAAGAAGGUGAUCAUAUCAGGCCCAUCAGAGGAGGCGCCCCUGUUUGUGUGUGGGGUCAACCUAGACAAGUACCAGGCGUGCAUGGAGGUAUGAAUAGAUCUAGAAAACGGUAUUUUAUAAUUUAACAAACUUGUAGCUAUUAAAAAAAAAGAUAUGGUAGAGACAUGACGUGAACAGCGUUAUUCCAUAACAUCCCUUUAGAUAUAUAUAACACAAUAUCAACAGAUUGUAAGCAGUGGUUCUUGCACAAUCAACUGUCUGGCUCCACUCGUCAAAGUCAUUCACAACCACUUUGGAAUCGUGGAGGCCCUGGUGACCACCGUUCAUUCAGCGGUGUCCAAGCAGCUGACCGUAGAUGGACCAAACUCCAAGGAUCGGCGUGCUGGACGCGGAGCACUGCAGAACAUCAUCCCAGCCACGUCGGGCGACGCCAGCGAUAUCUCCAAGGUGAGAAUUACUUUAUCUAACUGUCAGUCCGAUACAACAUCAUCCCAGCCACGUCGGGCGACGCCAGCGAUAUCUCCAAGGUGAGAAUUACUUUAUCCAAUUGUCAGUCCGAUACAAUAUCAUCCCAGCUUACGUGAAAGGGACGCUAGCGAUAUCUCCAAGUUGAGACUUACUUUAUCUAACUGUCGGUCCGAUACAACAUCAUCCCGAAUUACAUCAGAGGGACGCUAGCGACAUCUCCAAGGUGGGAAUUAGUUUAAUUGGCCUCUUACCACCAUAUACCAUAUUUUACAACCUGGGCACUCCGUGUCACAGCAUUUAAUUGUUCGUAUGCACGUUUCAGGUGAUCCCAGAGCUGACAGGGAGAAUGACGGGCAUGUCUUUUCGUGUUCCUACACCUGAUGUGUCCGUCAUCGACAUGACCUGCAAACUUGCCAAAUCUACAGACUACAAGACAAUAGUGGACACGGUCCGAUCUGAGUCCAGGGACACUAUGAAGGGGAUUAUCGGCUUCACGGAUGAGAUGCUGGUGAGUAAACUGUCUAUUCUCUGACUGUCCCCUUGUUUGUAUUUUAUAUUUUAAACUAGCGCCCUUGUGAUUUUUCUAGAGCUGCGCAGGAUUAGUCAUAUCAGACCUUUCUUAACGUUCGAAGCAUCAAAGAGUGAGUAUGUCUGCAUUCGUGUUAUCACGCAUGGACUACUCUCAUGGUGGGUCUCCCAGCUACUCUCCUGUAUAAAAUUCAAAGAGCACAGACUAAUGCGGCUCGCAAACGCAAAUUCGACCAUGCUAAAACACUUCUGAGAGAGCUGCACUGGCUGCCGGUCCGCGCUCGCAUAGAAUACAAAAUUGCAACUUUGUGCUACCGCUGCUUACAUGACCUGGCGCCGUCCUAUCUCAAAGCACUCAUGACGCCUUAUGUACCCAGUAGACAGCUCCGCUCAUCCGAUAGUUGCAAACUAUCGAUACCGUGUGUUCGCCUUGAGACUUACGGAAAGCGAACUUUUGCAUUUGCUGGCCCAAUAAUUUGGAACACCCUUCCAGUCGCUCUCAGAAACAGCCAGACACUGGAGUCCUUUAAAACCGAUUUAAAAACACAUCUAUUUCGCAAACGCCUCCUGGGGUGAUGCUAUCUACCAUCUUUUUCUAAUUAAUGUAUAUUGGCCUGUGUUGCUUAUGGUUGAAACGGGAUGAAAGACUUUGACUUGGUAAGCUCGUAUGAAGAAGUUUUAUAUUGUUGCGUCUGUUUUUAAAUGUGGUACAUUUUAGAUUGUUUUUAUGUCUCUUUUUAAUAUGCUUGACUUUGUACCGCACUUCGAGCUUUUGGGGAUGAAGUGUGUUUUUCAAAUACACUUUAUUAUUAUUGUAUUUAAUGACAGAGAAUAACGAAAUAAGGGCAGAAAAAUAUCGUUGUUUUAGUGCAGAACGUGGAGUCGGAGUCAUUAGCGAAAGAAGGAGGGGUAGAGGAGGAUGCAUUCUGUUCCAGGUGGCUCUUUUUUGAUACAUUCAGUGGUGGCAUUUUAGGCCAACUGCUGAGAUUUUUUCGAAGAUCAAGAUAUUUGAUCGGUUUAAGUCAUCAAAUUCUUAUACACAUUGUUUACACGUCGUACUAACACCGAAUUAAAGACAAGGAGCCAAGCUCCGUUGUGUCUACCACAGGUCUCGACAGACUUUGUGGGCAAUCCGUGCAGCAGCGUGUUUGACGCCCAGGCCGGCAUCGCCCUGAACGAGACGUUCGUGAAGCUGAUUGCCUGGUACGACAACGAGUACGCCUACAGCUGCCGGGUGGUGGCGCUCAUCAACCACAUCUACACCCUGGACAGCAAGGGCGGCAAGGGUCAGUGCAAGGCGAAAGCGGGUGGGGAUGCGAAGAACGGCCUGGAGUUGAGGAAACCCGGGUCUAAAUGUUGUGGGUGCUUUGGUUAGAUGUGACCGAAGCGGUCAGGUUUUUUUGUUGUCUAAGACGGUCCAGUUAAAACACCCACCUCGAAGUAAAAGCAUUCAAACAAUCGAUUUCAUCUUAAAACUUAACACAAAUGGACGAAACCCAUUUUAACACCCCACCCCCUCCCCCCCCCCCGAUGACUUUUGGUAUGAAAGGUCUUAUAUCGAGCGUUUGACACCAUCAGUAAACCUAUUUUGGUCGAUCCAAAAGCUUUUUUUGUUAGGCUUUGUCAAUGGAACACGAAUUAAAAAAAAAAUUGCGGAGUGUCCCCGGGGCAUACCGCUAGCACAGCACUUGAUAUUUCCUAAUCCCUCUUGUAUGGGGUAGUGUCCAAACUUCUCACAUACUUAUUAGUCCCCACAGCACACAUUAGCAUUUUGGUUUUGUCCUUAAGAGAAUUUUAAUGCAAACAGUCUAAUGACUUAAUUAUAUUAUUUUUUUUUUAAAUCCUAUAUUUCUUAUACUAUCUACAUCACAUGCAAAUUGGAAUGUUUAUGACCAAUAAAAAAAUUCUUUGUAAUAAAGCUAUGGCUCAAAA